AUGCGCAAAACAUUGCGCUCAAGAUAUAAAAUAUAUUUAGGAAAGGACGAAGUCUUGUUGGAAGAGGUUCAACUUCCUGACCGCAUUGAGUCUUUAAAUAGGUUUUAUCUCCAGCUGAAUUGCAGUCACAAACGCCCGGGGGUUUCCGAAAUGAGUUCACUAACAUUUGCAGCAAUACAGUUCGCGGUUAUCUUACUAGCAUUGGAGGCACACUGCACUGAAGCACUUAACAAUGAUGGAACCAUUCUACUCUCUCUUCUCAAGAACUUCAAUGCACCUCCCCAAACUUUCAGCAGCUGGAACUCCUCCAACAAACACCCCUGCAAUUGGAAAGGAGUUACCUGUUAUCCAGAUAAUACGGUGCGUACACUCGACCUUACUCAAAGCCAAGUCUCUGGAACGCUGUCUUCGGCUAUCUGUGAGUUACCCAAUUUAAAAGAACUCUACUUGGGCUCUAACAAUAUCUCUGGUACGAUUCCUCCUGAACUAGGAAAUUGCACAGAGUUAGAGUCUUUAGAUCUCUCAAACAACAAUCUCCUUGGGCAAAUCCCUUUCGAACUGGGUAGCCUCAUAAAGCUCAAUUAUUUGUCUAUCUAUUAUAACCUCCUCAGCGGAAGCAUUCCCCUGUCCAUAUUUGGGCUUCCACUGCUGGAGGCCAUUUACUUGAAUGACAAUAAUUUGAGCGGAGAGAUCCCCUCAAAUGUUGGGAAUUUGACUCAACUGGCCAAGUUAUGGUUGGGAGAAAAUUCCUUAGUAAGGGAGAUACCUUCGUCUAUUGGCAAUUGUGGGCAUCUAAUAGAGCUUUAUCUGUACAACAAUCAGCUGGUUGGAGAAUUGCCUGAGUCCCUAGGCCGGCUUUCAAAAUUGCAAAUCCUGCAUAUUACUUCCAAUAAGCUUAAUGGCCAAAUCCCCAAAUCACUUGGUAUCUGCACAAAUCUCAUUUUACUUGAACUGUCCAACAACUCUUUCAGUGGAGGAAUACCGCGGGAGUUAGGCAAUUGUAGCAGCCUGACCAGUUUGUCAAUCACCCAAAAUCAGCUCACAGGGAGCAUACCCUCCUCCCUUGGAUCACUGCAAAAUCUCUCCAAGCUUUAUUUGAAUCAAAAUCUUUUGUCUGGUAAUAUCCCUGUAGAACUUGGGAAUUGUAGCCUUAUGGAAGAUUUGAGGUUACAUAUGAACAAACUUGAGGGAUCGAUUCCUCCUGAGUUGGGUCGAUUGAGGCGUCUGCAAAUUUUGCUCUUAUUCGAGAAUUCACUCUAUGGCCCAAUCCCUCCACAGCUUUUCGAAGCAAAGAACUUACAGAAUCUGUCUCUGUACAACAACAGUCUCACAGGAAGCAUAUCACCAAAGAUUUGCAAUCUCACACGGUUACAAGAACUAUUUUUGCAUUAUAACAAGCUAUCAGGCCCAAUACCUGCACAACUGGGUGCCAAAAACAAUCUCACAGCAAUUGAUCUGACAGGAAAUCGGCUCACAGGGACAAUACCUCCAGCACUUUGCUCUUCAGGGCAAUUGGACAUUCUAGUCAUGGGAUACAAUCAGUUGGAAGGGAGCGUUCCUCCAGAUAUUGGUAAAUGCCGGAGCUUGACACGAUUGAUACUGAGCCACAACCAUCUAACUGGUGUCAUUCCCUCAGAUUUUCUGGCUUCCAAUUCAGUUAUUUCUUACCUAGACAUGAGCGGCAAUAAGUUGCAGGGGAGAAUACCAUCAAGCCUUGGGCGGUGCGAAAAUCUCAGCCAUAUGGACCUGUCCAUGAAUGAAUUGAAUUACACCCUUUCUCCAGAAUUGGGACAGCUUUCUAAGCUACAGCGACUGAAUCUUUCCUCCAACAGACUGAUUGGUCCAAUCCCUCAGGAGCUUGGUAAUUCAUCUCUCUUGUAUUCUCUUGACUUCAGUUUUAAUUCAUUCAAGGGCUCUUUGCCAAACCAGCUAGCGCGUCUAGAGAAAUUGCAGCAUCUAGUUUUGCAAGGAAACUAUCUUAGCGGAAGCAUUCCUGACUGGUUGUCCAACUUGACCCAACUGCGGGAACUAAAUCUGGGUUAUAACCAAUUCCAAGGUGAAAUUCCCGCAUCACUUGGAGAACUACAGGAGCUAAACACCUGUUUAAACUUAGGCAAUAAUAGAUUGAGUGGCGCAAUUCCAGCGGCUCUGGGAAACCUAAAUAAACUAGCAAACUUGGAUUUGUCAUCCAACAAUCUCUCUGGCAGUAUUCCAUCUGCACUUGACAGCCUAUUGUCUCUUGUUGCAGUAAACAUCUCCAAUAAUCAGCUCACGGGAUGCAUACCUAAGUCAUGGUUGAAGUUAUGGAAUUCUUCCUCAAGCUCAUUCACUGGCAAUCCAGAAUUGUGUGCAAUACAGAACCAGGGAACUUCAUGCAACUGCAGGGGCUUCUUUCCUGUCCCUCUCAAGGAAAGCAAACAUCUCAGCAUAGUUCAUAUAGUCCUCAUUAUCAUCGGAUCAGUUGUGUUUAGUUGUUUCCUAGUAGCUCUCAUUUUAUGGAGAUGUCUAUAUCCCAAAACCAGGUUCUCAUCCAAAGCUCCUGCAAAAUUGCCUCUAAAACUAUACCAAUGUCUGGAAGCUACGGAAUAUCUAAGCGAGAAGUAUAUAAUAGGGAAAGGGGGCAGAGGGGUUGUUUACAGGGUAGAGUUGCCUUCUGGUGAACUGGAGGUACAAACUGCUGGAAGAAUCCGUCACAGAAAUCUGGUUAAACUGUUGGAGUUCUGGCAAGUGCAAGAUUGUGGAUAUAUUCUAUACGAAUUCAUGUCCAAUGGGAGUUUGAAUGAUGCAUUACAUGAGAUGAAUCCCCUUCCAGUUCUAGGAUGGGAUAUUCGUUACAAGAUAGCUAUUGGAAUCGCCCAUGGUCUAUCAUACCUUCACUAUAACUGCGACCCGGGGAUUAUACACAGAGAUAUCAAGCCCAGCAAUAUACUGUUGGAUUCAGAUAUGGAACCUCACAUUUCUGAUUUUGGGAUUGCUCAACUCAUGGACAGAUCCUGCGCUGUUGAUUCUUCCUUUGUUUUGGGUACUGUAGGCUACAUUGCACCUGAACGUGGACAUACAACCAGAAUGACAGAGAAGAUGGACGUUUACAGCUACGGUGUGGUGUUGUUGGAAUUGAUAACGAGGAAAGAGGCAUUGGAUUCGAGCUUUGCAGAGGGGAUGGACAUUGUCAGCUGGGUAAAAUCAUGCAAUGAAGGAGAAUAUGCAGUGAUUGAUGAAGGGCUUAGAAAUGAAGGCAUAGAAUCAGACAUAGAAGAAGAGAUAGUGGGUACCAUUAGAGUAGCACUGAAAUGCACAGAGAGUAACCCAAAUGACAGACCAAGCAUGAAACAAGUAGUAGACAAGUUAAGAGACAUUAGGCGCAUCAAUCUUCAAAUGUAAAGAAAGGGUAUUUGGUCUAAACCAGUUAGAAUCAGGUCUACCAGAGGCUAAAAGUUUGGCACAGGAAUUCAAGCAUCAAUGUAGCAGACUUCUAAACGCAAGUUAUCCGCGGAUUGGCAUUUACCACCGUUUGAUCGAUUGCUGGAAAACCUGAUCGCGCUGUGCAGUGGAUACGACGGGACAAACAUAUUACGACAUACUCUGUUCAAGCGCUACAAAGAAUCUUGUGC